AUGAUUUCAAAUUUAAACAUUAAAGUAAGUAAUGAUUUUACAGACUUUUAUGAAUAAUAAUUGUAAUCUUAAGUUCAAGCUUGCUGUCUAAAUGAUUCAGCAUUAAAAUUAAUGAAAUCAAAAUAAUUAACUCCAAAAAGAAUAGUGUCUACUAUAAAGUUGAGAAAGGCACUUUACUUUUAUAAGAAAGACAAAGAAGUACUAGACCUUAAGAUAAAGUUAAAUGAGAUGUGUGAAUCUACUUUUUUAACUAAUGCAGAACUUCAUCAUAUUGUACGUUCAGUUUCUCGAGGGAACUCACCAUCAUAAUAGAGAUUUAGAAUUCGCACAGAAACAACAACAAUUAGUACAGGACCUAAGACUCCUUAGAAUAGAUUUAAAAAGUUUGAUUUCACAACAACAGCACAUCUCUAUUUCGCUUGAUUAUUAUU